AGUACUCCUGUGACACCAGAGAGCAGACCUGAACCCCAGGAGAACAUACCAGAAAACCCCCGAGCAGACCAGACGCAGACUAUCACACACAGCCGAUAAAGUCAUGCACCCAGCAGCAGCUAAGUGGUAUGACAGGCGAGACUUCGUCUUCAUUGAGUUCUUGGUGGAGGACAGCAAAGACGUGAAAGUAAAUUUUGACAAGUCCAAAUUUGGUUUUAGCUGUCUCAGUGGAGCAGAUAAUGUGAAGUACUCAAAUGAAAUUGACCUUUUUGGAUCCAUCGAUCAAGAUGGCUCCAAACACAAGCGUACAGAUCGGUCAAUUUUGUGCUGUUUACAGAAAGCAGAGACUGGCAAAUCCUGGCCCAGGUUAACAAAAGACAAGGCAAAGCUCAACUGGCUUAGUGUUGACUUCAACAACUGGAAAGACUGGGAGGAUGAUUCAGACGAAGAGAUAUCCAACUAUGAUCGCUUUUCAGAGAUGAUGGGCAACAUGGGAGGAGAGGACGAUUUACCUGAUCUAGACGGAGCAGAUGAUGAAUCAGCUGAUAGUGAUGAUGAAAAAAUGCCAGAUCUGGAAUAAGCAACUGGCAAGCUGUGGACAGACAGAGGAGGAAGGGAUGAAAUACUAAGAAGAGAGGAAGCCGUCACCUGAAUAUGGUACAUGAUCUGAAAGAGGGCAAAAGCUGAAUUGAUUGAGAUCCGUGGAUUGUCAAGCGUCACCUCUGUCCGCUCAGUGACUGCGCUCCAGACGAUCGACAUAACCCUCUGUUGGGAGUUAAUAUGCAUAUUGUUGUACAGAGCUUCAUUGUCCCUCUCCUUAUGAGCAGUCUUGGCUUUUUUUGUUUUGUUUUGUUUUAAUAUGUUCUAAAACAUGAUGUAUACUUUGGAAAAAACUGCACUGUAUUCGUAUUUUUUCAACUGAAAAAGCAAUAGAUGUGACGACGUUUCUUUUUUAUCGUAAGGUAUUGAAAUUAAAAACAAAACCAACUUC